AUGGAAAGAGCCCAGAAAGAGACCGACUUGGCUGAGCAGAGUGGCUCCGACGACAACUCCAGUUCCAGCGACAGCGAUUCUUCGAAAUCUUCGAAGUCCAGCUUUGGAGUGAACGAGUCUGACAGCGAACCAAAACGCAAACGGCCAGCUGCUAAAGCACAGGAGUCUGUGGGGGAGGCGAAGCCUCCUACAAAUCGUCUCCGCAAGAAGACACCGCAGAAGAAUCAGUCCGCAGAAAAGUUGAGGCAGGGCUUGGAGGCCGCUGAGAAAUAUAUGCAGUCUCUUGUGGAGCUUCGGCCAGAUACUCUUUGGCGUUCCUGCGUUCGGGCCCACGAAGUGGACCGCAGGUUGGUCAAAGAGUCUUCGGUGAUCAGUGCAAUUGACUCCCACCUGGAUUCCCCUGAAGUUCCGGAAGACAUGAAGAAGGAAGCAAAGGUCACAAUCUCAGAGGUCAAGACUGAAGCGAAGUUGGUUAUGAACCUCAAAGAGUUUUGCCGGGUGGUUCGAAGCUUGAAGCCAGCGGCACUUGCAGCAGAGGUUUCGGGGGCUAGCCCGCUCUUUCAGCUACUUGCAGCUGACGAUUUCUUGGUGGCCAAAAGACUGCUCUUCUCCGAUCCUAGCACCCUGACGGACAUGUUCCAGUUCAUUGCGCGCAAGCUGCACGAAGCUGGCGGUGCCUUCUUUGAUUUCCUGACACUGACACGGUCAAGUGAUGACAGCCCACCUGCACUACGACUUGAGCGUUUUCUUGCCAUCCCUUGUGAAGCUGAGAAGGUGCAGACAGUUUGGAAGCUGCUGUUGAAAGCACAGGUGAGCGCAGUGUUGGAUUGGGUUGACCAGCUUCGCACCAUGACAGUUGAAGCUGCCAUCAAAUCCAUUCCUAGCCAGCUGCGUUCCGUUGAUUUCAUGGAUGCAAAGAAAUGGACUCUUGGACCUUUUUCUGAUUGA